GACUCAGCUCCUGCUGUGCCUCUUGUCCCUCUGCAGCUCAUCAUCUUCACUCCAAAGUCGCUGCUGAGGCAUCCCGAGGCUCGGUCCAGCUUUGACGACAUGCUGCCAGGGACUCACUUCCUGCGGGUGAUCCCCGAGAGUGGCCCUGCAGCCCAGAGGCCUGAGGGGGUCAAGAGAUUGCUCUUCUGCACGGGGAAGGUCUACUACGACCUGACGCGCGAGCGCAAGGCCAGGAACAUGGAGGAGCAGGUGGCCAUCACCAGGGUGGAGCAGCUCUCCCCAUUCCCUGG